AUGCUGCACCUACACCCAAGACCAAUGGUCACUGAGGCAGAGGGGACAGGAGGGCCUGGGAUAGCAAGUCUGCCCUCCUCGGUGGCUCAUGUGUUCUUCAUUUCCACCCUGCGAGAGUCUGUGCUGGACACUGGAGUUGGGGGAGGAGCCGGUUACAAGCAGGGGAGCAAACUGUCUGUACCACACUCCAUGAUCCCAGCUGCUAACAUCCACACUGAGCCCUACUUACCAGCCUUCUUCUCUCCUGCUGGAACCUCCUCUGUACUCAGACAGCAGCCUCAGCACCAUCCGACACUAUCUAUCAUCCAGACUGCAGCAAGGUGAUUCUGCCAAAAUAUAUCUCAUUAAAAGCCAACUGGAGCUUUUCAUCACCAUCAAUGUGCAGCCCAAAGUCCUUAGGAGGACAAAGGGAGUCCCCCACAACCUGGACCGGCCUCCUUCCCUCCAGCUGCCUUGGCUGCCCACAGGACCCUCUUCCCGCCUGCGGCCACAGUGCGCAACUUGGAAUUUCCCCACCUGCGUAGACUCAUGACGUCACCACCAACUGCAUGCUGCUUCUGCUCUGUUCAGCUGGUGAAAUCCUCUCAACCCUUGAGAUGCAGCCCAAUCUCCUCCUAACAUCUGGAUUCCUCUCCGUCACCGCAUUCCUGCCUGUCAUCCUGCCUUUGUUUUCUUACCCUCCGCUCUCUCCCGAGUGAUGGACACUUACUUAAAAUUAAAUAAAAAUUCAGAACCUCCU